ACGCUAUCAUUCAGGUACACACAUCCAUACGUGGCUGUGACGACGCGUCGACGCUCCGUCUUAUCAUCUGCCGCUCUUUUAUACACGCAGCCGAAGUAGAUUUGCGCUAGUCGCGUCUGUAGCCUGGGCCGCAGCACAUCGAAAUUUGGUUAAUUGAAUUUGUAAUUGCUUCUUGGGUUCUUCAAAUAUGUCGCAAACUACAAAAUUAUCUGCGAUGUCAUCCGCAUGGCUGCAAAUUCAAAGCACAUUGAACAGCAUAAAUCAUAUGCUGAUCUUUCUAGUGGCUGCCUUCUUCUUUACGCUGGCCCGCAGUCUGGACUUUAAGGACACGGCCAUGCACAUGUUCAUGACGGGCAUUGGUUUUCAUGUGCUAAUUGCGCAGGCACUGAUGUCACACUACAAGGUAAAUCCGAUAACCCGCUGGAUAUCGCACAAGAACAAGUCCCGUUUCCAUGGCCUGCUGCAGCUAGUCGGCGGCUCGAUGGUGUUGCUGGGUGCCUUGGGCAAGUUCUCCCAGAAGGAGGUGCACUUGAAUACCUGGCAUGGCAGAUUCGGAGUGGCCGCUGCCUUCGGCUGCGCCGCCAGCGUUGUUGGCGGCCUGGUUAACUUUUUUCAGCCCAAAAUUGUUUUGCAAGUAAUGCCACCCUCCGAACUGCGCUUUCGUCAUAAUCUGUUUGGACUGCUCACCUUUACGCUGGGCAUGACAGCGAUUUACCUCGGCUACUACUCAGAAUUCUUUACACGCUAUGUGGAUCAUCAGUUUAUACCUGCCAUGAUGUUGGCCACCGCACUAGUCUAUCUCCUGACCAUAAUUGGACCCCUGGGUUCGCUGCUAACAAAGCUUAAAUACAGGCGGCAAAGAAAUCAUCAGCUGAAGCAAGAGUCUACGUAAAAAGGGGUUUCGCAAUGGUGGAGGCUAUGAGGCUAAAAUGGCAUGUCCCGGAGUAUGAGUAAAAUAAAUAAGGCAAACUUUGUAAAGCUCAAUGAAACUGUCAAUUCGGUGCGCUUGGCCGGCUGCCAAAAUUCUUUGGCUGCAUAUUAAAUUAUAUAUGUUGGUACAGACGCCAGACAUAUUAUGACAAUCCGCAAUCGGACAUUAUAACGAUAUAUGCUGACAAAA